GCCGAGAGCCGGAGGAAGGAAGUGUGAGGACGAUGAAAACACGGAAGUAAAAAUAACACGCAGUCGGAUUAAAGCAACAACAAUAUCACAGACAUCUCAGAGGCUGUGCUGCUGGUGGGAUCACCAAAGCUCAUACACCCCCCCUACCCCUACUCCCCAAACGCCGACGGUAUUACUCCGAUCAAACAUCGAAGAUACAGUCUAGACUAGAGGAAGGAGGAGACAAGAGGAGACGAGCUUUAGUACCAGGUCCGUAGAAAGCAGCACGCUGGUCUCGCUUACCCACCGCUAACGUGCUAACGGUAACCCUACCCCGGAGUUGAUGAGCACCCAGGGGGGUCCAUGGGACCCGAGGGAGACCGGGCCGACCGCGGACAACCUGCCGCAGCCCGACGGCUCGUGCGACGUGUGCGAGCCCGACGAGGCCAAGCCCUCCACCGAGGUGUGCGCCGCCUGCAGCUUCGCCUUCUGCCCCACCCACGCCGAGGAGCACAGCCGGCGGACAAGCCACCGCCUCACGCCCUUCCACCAGGAGACGCCGGGCUCCCCGCGGGGCGUCCCGGCGGCGGCGGCGGCGGCGGCGGCGGCGGCUCGGACGGCCCAGGAGGUCGGAGACGACGGAUUUGUUUUAAACGAGGAGAAGGAGGAGGAGGAGGAGCAGAAGGUGGGUGCAGCCGCAGCCUCGCGGCCCAGAGACACCAGCAAGCAGGCGGAGAUCCUUGGCAUGCUGGCGGCGGUGGUGGAGAUGGUGGUGGGGGGGGGGAAGGCGCCGGAGGUGCCUGAGGUGGUGGAGGAGGACGGUGCGGGGGCGGUGGAGCCCGGCGACCAGCCGGCGGAGGGGAUUGUGCCGGGCGGGCCGAGUCAAGCCGGAGAAGAAGGGGCCCAGCCGGCAGCGCAGCAGGAGGCUCCAGGGGGGGCCCAGCCGGGGGACCAGCCGGGGGACCAGCAGGAGGACGCUCCGCUGACGGUGGAGAGGCUCCGCUGUCCGGUCCACGCCCAGGAGGGGACGCUCUACUGCCGGACGGACGAGAAGGUGGUGUGCGUGCUGUGCGCCCUGCGGGGCGAGCACCGCGGCCACGAGAUCAUCACGCUGUACGAGGCGUACGUCUGGCAGAAGUCCAGGCCGGGUCCGGACAUACUGGCCGAGACCAAGCUGAUGGGGGAGAGGAUCAUGAGCAAGUGGUCUGAUCCGGUGCUGACCACGGACGAGCUGCAGGCCUUCGUGGACGCCCAGUUUCAGGAGCUAAAGCGCCUGAUCCACGUCCAGGAGGCGAGGAACCGCCACCUGGUGGACCUGAAGGAGGCCUUCAUCACCGCCGCCGCCGCCGAGCAGAUCGCCGAGAUCACCUUGGAAACGGAUCGCCUGCAGGAGGAGAUGGUCAGCAUCUCCCAGGAGCUGGGCGCGCUGAACCGCGCCAAGAUGCGGGCCGACCUGGCGGCCGCCGCCGCCCCGGGAGCAGUGAUCCCGGAGGGACUGAGGGAGAGGCUCGGACAGCCGGACGGACGGCCGCACGACGUUGAGGCCAGACCGAGGCUACCCGAGCCGCGGCGCGAGCCGAGGCGUGACCCCGCCGCCCGGCGCGAUCGAGACGACGACGGGCCACGCCAGUCGCAGGGCAACGCCCCCUGAUGUCAGCACAUUAUCUGGCAGCCGCAGCCGCCGUCCUCCCCGCUGCCCGGCCUCGUAUCUCCGGCGGCCCUCCAACGCCGAUAGUCUCUCUCUCUCUCUCUCUCUCUCUCUCUCUCUCUCUCUCUCUCUCUCUCUCUCCCUGAUGGUCCCUGACCUCUCUCGCCAGAACUCACCUUGGGGAAUGUCACGGUACGGAUGGCAGCGUCUUGCCACCGCUUCAAACUCGUUUUAGAUUCCACUCAGCUAGCUAACUGCCUGUGAGUGAGGCAUGUGCGGUUCCCCUGCAAUCAAUGACCUCCAUUUGCUCAAUAUCAGCGGCGAGCAGAUGCCUGGUUUGGCUGGAGAGUCUGGCCAAGGCCGAGCAGACCAGAUUCACGCCCCAGUCCUCAGUGCUCAGAAGUAAAUGGAAGCUUCUGGAAUCAGACGUUUUUUUUACUAAAGACACAAAUGUUGAUUUUCAACCAACAAGGGUCCUAUUAUGCCUCCCGGUGUAAUUGUGAUGGCCGUUACAAGCCAUUUUAGUGGCCACCACUUACAAUCAUACAUAUAGGUGGACAAUCCCACUUGUGAUGUCACUAAAACACAGAAAAAGCAGAUUUUAAGGCUUGCAAUGGCUAUCACAAUCAUACCUAGUGGCAUAAUAUCACUCAUUUAAAAAUAUAUAUAGAGGAGGGAUGUUCUAUUCUGAGCUGUUUUAUUCAUGCCUUUAUUGUUUGAGUGCUUUUACCUUUCUGGUGUACCUGGCGGGGUUUAAAUAGCUUUUUACUAAUUUCUCCCUGUCAAUUUAAAGGAUAUCUUAAGGAUAUGCGUUGUUUUUGUUUUGUUGGUUUGUUGUGCGCAGGUUGUGUGUGUGUGUGUGUGUGUGUGUGUGUGUGUGUGUGUGUGUGUGUGUGUGUGUGUGUGUGUGUGUGUGUGUGUGUGUGUGUGUGUGUGUGUGUGUGUGUGUGUGUGUGACUCUAUUAUCAGAGGACAUUUUGACAUCCCUUGGUUUAGCGACAUGAUUUUAUACUUUACUGCGUGCAGCUCACAGAAAAGCAGCUACUUAAAUGUGUCUUAUUCUCCGUCAUGACAGAUUGGAAGCUGGAGGAGAGGCUUUGACAACAAUAGAUGAAGUAUGCGCCAUAGAGCUGGAAGCCCGGGGGGGGGGGGGGGGUUUUCUCAACAGCAAGUUGAAAUAUCUCAGCGCAGAGACCCUAUUCCUGUGUUGACUGUAAUCAAAGAGUUCUUGUAGCCUCACACGUACUUCACACUCUAUUUCUGCCUUCAGUCUUUAAAUAAACAGUUGCACAAACAA